GUUCAAUAAGUUGAAUGGGGUAAUUAAGCAGUUUGGUGAUAAUUACUCGAAUUAACUUCCUAUAAUUAAUCAAAGUUAAUUUGAACUCCUAGAGUCUAAGUGGACGGAAAUACCACAUUUCAGCAAUUUAUCCAAUUUGACAACCCUGAAAGUAAGUAAAAGAAAAUGAUUGUCACUCGAGACACUCACAAUGGGACAAGUAUCGAAGAAACUCAGGAAGAAAGUCAAUUGGCAACUGCCAGCAAUCAAAAUUAAAAAAGAAAUGAAAUUAAAAUGGCGGUCGCAUCUCCGCGCAUGCGCGUGCCAUCGACUUGCCUAGCUAGCACUGGACGGCGGCAGUUCGCCGUUCGCAUCGCGUUGUGAUGUUCGCGCUCGAAUGGGAGGCGCGGGAUGGGCGCGCGGCGAAGCGCGCGUUGCAGAUGACUCGGACUUUGAAGCACUGAAGAAGCUCCUCGAAUCAGAAGUAGGCUGGACGCUGGAGUACGAGAAGGAUGGUGUCAAAGUUUGGGCAGAAGACGCGGCACACGGCGCGCUUCGAACUGUCAAGGUGGUGGCCGAGUUCGAGGACGUGGAGCCGGACGCCCUGUACGAUGUACUCCACGACCCUGAGUACCGGUCGGUGUGGGACACCCACAUGCUGGCCGCUGAGGACGCCGGCCACAUCAAUGUCAACAACGACGUGGGGUAUUAUGCCAUGUCAUGUCCGGCGCCACUCAAGAACCGCGACUUCGUGCUGCAGCGGUCGUGGCUGGACACCGGCGACGAGAAGAUGAUCCUCAACCACUCCGUCUUCCACAAGGACUAUCCGCCGAGGAAGGGAUAUGUGAGAGCUGUCUCUCUGCUGACGGGUUUCGUGGUGCGGACGAGGUCUGGUGCUGGAAGCUGGCUCGGUUACGUCUCCAGGUCUGACCCUAGAGGUGCCCUGCCCGCCUGGCUUGUCAACAGGGUGACAGCACAACUGGCACCUCGCCUGGUGCAGCAGCUGCACGCGGCAGCACGGCGGUAUCCUGGCUGGAAGGCACUCACUGACCUGCCCUACCACAAACCCUGGAGACACCCUGAACAGGUCCCGCCGCAUAGGAUCUCUUUGGAUGAUUGCGUAGACCCCGACGCGCCACCACCGCCCGAAGAACCAAAACCAGACACAUCCAAAGCAAAACUGGAAGUGCCACAGCCCAAAGAAAUAGAGAGCCACAGCGUGGAAGACCUUGGCGACAUAUCUUCAGAGUUCAGCGUAGAAGUAGAAGAAGACAGCCUGGACCAUGCCCAGGACCCUAAAAAGAAGGGGAAAUUCUACAAACUCGUGAAAUCUAUGAAGAAUAGAAGGAAAAGUGUUCAGGUCGCGAAGAGUGCUGAUAACUUGGCUGAUAAGCCUUUGGAAGAACGGCAUGAGAAAAAGAAAGGUUUUAAAUUUCAUAGGAGGUUUAGCCUGAGUCGAGGGAGGGAGGAUUGAGCUUAUACGCGUUGUGACUUAGACGGAUAGGGUUUGUGAAUCGGUUUUUGAAAUACGUGAUGGCGCUUCUAGUAUUUGUACAUCUAGGAUGUUUCAUAAGUAUCGGAGGGGUAAAGUAGUGAUGGAUUUUCAGUUUUAUUUAAAUAAAGAUAUGGUUGAAAAUCCGUUAAAAGAAGAUCGAGUAAUAGGAAAAAAAAUAGUGGAAUACCUUGAGAUGCAGCUCCUUAUCGCGUAGUUCAAAAACAAUGUUAAUUGUUUAAAGAGAUAAGAAAUGGUUCCCUUGACAUGCCAAAGAAUUGUUUUUAUUAUUUUGUUUGUAUUUACAUUACAAUUUGUUAAUAUGUAUCUGCGUUGUCCUUCUUAUUUACCACUAACAAUGGCAAGAUUAAAAUAGCAUAGUGCUUAUCAAAAAGUCAUUUAGAAGU